UCAUCAUCUCUUGCAAUGGCCUUUCAAUUAGGAGCUUCUUCCUCUUCUUUAUCUUCAUCUCCUUCUAUCCAUCCAAGGAAUCAUCAUGUAAUCUUGAGCUUUAGAGGUAAAGAUGUUCGCCUCAAGUUUAUUUCUCAUCUAAACCAAGUUUUACGUCAAAGUGGAAUCAUGACUUACAUGGAUGAUGGCGACCUUGAGAGAGGAGAGCAAAUUUCAUCAGAACAUUUUAAAGCUAUUGAAGAGUCAAGCAUUUCGAUCAUUGUACUUUCUAAAAAUUUGCAAAAUUCAAAUGCAAAAUCCAAAAUCCAUGGGGAUGAUGAGUCAGAAUUUAUCCAAAACAUCAUUCAGUGGGUCAACUCAAGAAUACUAAACCAGACGCCUCUAUGCAUUGCCACGUAUCCAAUUGUAAUAGAGUCUCGUAUACGAGACAUUUAUCAGCAUUUAAAUCUUGAAAGGAAUGAUAUUGUACGCAUGGUAGGGAUUUUCGGAAUAGGUGGAAUUGGGAAGACAACUUUUUCAAAAGAUAUUUAUAACAGAAUAUCUUCUCAAUUUGAUGGAAGUUGUUUCUUGAGCAAUAUUAGAGAUAUUUCAAAAAGUGGAGGUCUGAUUAAGCUGCAAAAAAUACUUCUUUCAGAGAUCUUAGGAAAAAAUUGGAUAUUUAUGAUGCUGAUAGAGGAGUCAAUGUGAUUCAGGAUAGACUUCGCUUUAAAAAGGUUCUACUAAUUCUUGAUGAUGUGGAUGGGUUGGACCAACUAAAAAAAUUAGCUGGAGAUCGCACUUGGUUUGGUUUAGGAAGUAGAAUCAUCAUAACAACAACAGAUCAAAAGUUACUAAAAAUCUUUGAAGUUGAUUCAAACUACGAUUUGAAGCUCUUGGA